AUGGAUAAGCGGCGCCGCUGCGGUGCGGAGCGGCUCCUCGCGUCGCCUGCCGGAUUCGUGGGCAGCAGCGCCGGUCUCCCCGACCUAUCCGAGGACGACGUCUGGCCCAACUUCUUCGACGCGCACUCCGCGUCCGAUAUCGACGACGACGACGAUCUCUGGCAGCCGACGGACCUCGCCGGAGACCGCCGGUGGACGGGCCGGCACGUCGGCGGGCUCUCCCUCGCCUUCGAGGAACCCUAUCGUGGGCCCACCGCCCGGGAGCGGCGGGAGAAACGGAUCGCUGUGGCGGCAUCGGCGCCGAUGGACGUGCCGGCCUGGCCGAGGCAUCUCUGCUCCUUAUCGGGCGGGCCGCCUUCCGAUCCGGAAGUGGAGGAUGCGGCGGGUACGGAGCGGCUCCCCCCGCACGAGUACUUGGCUCGGGCGCACGGGAGGAGCGCGGCGACGGCGUCGGUGUUGGAGGGCGCCGGGAGGACUCUCAAAGGCCGCGACAUGAGCCGAGUUCGCGAUGCGGUCUGGAGUCAGACCGGGUUCUUCGGCUGAAUUGCCCCCCUGCAAUAGCUGCGAUCUGGUCGGAGCGCUUGC